AUGGUGCGCCCGAGGGGUCUGUCUGCCUCGUCCGAGGUUUCCUCUGUGCCCGACCAAGACCAGGAACUGGGAAGCAUGUACGAUUACCUCGCCAAGGUCAUCCUGUUGGGCCCCAGUGGCGCAGGCAAAUCCUGUGUGCUACAUCGGUUCGUCAAAAAUGAAUGUACGCAUGCCGUCCCUCAAGGUCCUCCCCAUGAGGAUCCCUCGCUAACCCCCUCGUCACGCCGGUUCACAGGGCGCAUCCUCUCCUCACAAACCAUCGGCGUCGAAUUCGCUUCUCGGAUUGUCAAGCUCGGCUCCGGCUCUCGACGACGACGCAUAAAGCUGCAGCUGUGGGAUACAGCGGGCACAGAACGGUUCCGCUCUGUCUCCAGGUCUUAUUAUCGCGGCGCCGCCGGUGCCAUCCUCGUCUACGAUGUCUCCUCCUACGCUUCCUUCGCUGCCCUCCCAACGUUCCUCAUGGAUGCUCGGGCCCUCGCCUCCCCGAACUUGACCGUCUUGCUGGCUGGGAACAAGGCUGAUCUCGCCGAUGCCACGGCCACCUCAGACCCCGAUGAUAUGGCUCGUCCGCCCCCGACCCCGUCCAGGGGAGAGGUGAGCCCAGAAGAUACGUCGCGCUGGGCUGCGCAGUCAAACAUUCCCGUCGCAGUCGAGGUCUCAGCUUUGACCGGUGAGGGCGUUGACGAGAUCUUCCAGCGGCUGGCGCGUAUAAUAUUGACCAAGAUCGAGCUGGGAGAGAUUGAUCCUGAUGACCCCCAGAGUGGAAUUCAAUAUGGGGAUGGCGGUAUGUAUGGGCAUGGGACAAGUGAUGCAUCCAGCAUUCGCAGUCGCGCCACGUUGGAUGAUAACUCUUUGCCGCUCCAUCGGACUUCACGCCGGCGAGGGAGGGGUCCCUCGCAGAGCCAGGGUUGGAGAGGUGGCAUGAGGGAAUGGGAGGAUGUAUUCCGUCUGGGUUCCUCGUCCCGGAGAAAUCAAGGUUGUUGCUAG